CUGAUGUCCAGUUGCGCUUUGCUUUAAAAUUUAAUAGAGAACAUUACAAACGUGAUAAUAACAGAACUGCGGGUAGAAUCUUUUAUUAUAUGGCAGAAAUCAAUGAGGCUAUGGAAUACUAUUUUUUGGCACGUGAAGCUGUAAUUCAAUCAAUCCUGAUUCAACAAAGUUUUUAUCAAAACCAAGAAAAUACUUAUAUUAAAGAUUCUACUCAAUUAUUAAGACAAAUUGAAGAUAAAAUUCAAUGUCUAAAAGAUCCGCCUGAGGAAAUUGAUAAAAAUUCACUACAAAUUCUUCAACAAGAACUUGAUAAGAAAAAAGAAGAAUAUAACAAAACAAAUAAUCCCCAAGCACUCAAAGAGUAUGCAGAUAUAUUGCUAAAAUCAAAUGAUCCAGAGAAAAGAGAUCUUGCCAUUAACUGUUAUCAAACUUAUUUGGAAACAACAACCACUGAUCCUCAUAAAGGUCGUCGCGCAUCCGUUUACAGGCGAUUAGGAUAUGCACUUUCUCAACAAAUGUCUAACAAAUCUGAUUGUAACGAUCUGGAGGAACAAAAUAUAAGAACAAAAGCUGCUUAUCAAGAAGCACAGAGUUUAUACAAAGACUUACUAGAUGAAUUUCAGUUUUUUGGGAAUGACACUGUUAAAUUCAAUUAUAAUCUUUGCUUUUGGGCACUGAACAAGCUAGAGAAAUCGAAAUUGGGUGAUGUUUAUUUAAUUAGAAAUAAUAAUGACUUAUUUAAUCAUGCUAUGACUAAUGCAUUAUUAGCAAGGUUUAAUUAUUAUCUAAACAAAUGGAAAUGUAAACACGAAACCUAUGACAAAAUUAAAAUUGCUACAGAAACAAUUAAAGUCAUAGCAGAGUUUCACCCAGCUGACUUUGUGAAAGGAAUGGCAGAAAUUGUUCAAGCCAUACAUACAGAAAGAGUACGGACAAAGACUGAGCAAAUUAUACAAAUAUUGGAAAAUAAACUUGAUCCAAUAAAAUCCUUUUUUAAAAAUGUUGCAAAAAAAAUAAAUGAAAUUUAUAUUGAACAGAUAUCACAUAUUGAACCUGAAUCUAUCGAAACAUUAGCUCAAUUUAUUUCAGCAAAAUUAUUUGCUUACGUGGGUUCAAUGAAAGUAGAUUUUACUCUGGAUCCUACUCAAAUAUUUAUUUCUGGAUUAUACUACAACAAUAAAAAGAAUUGUUUAUUAACAACCCAAGAUGGAGUUCUGUGGAAUGCAAAGGAAAUGCUUCACUAUACAGGUAUUAUCACUUAUGAUAAUCGUACUUAUAUUUAUGUCAAGGCACCAGAACACAAUCUUAAAUAUGGCUUUCGCCAUGAUAAUUUGCCAAUUAUUUGUCGAAAUUAUGAAUACCAUAAAAGUCGGGCAGAAGCUAUUGAACGGCUCAAGCAAUUAACAAAUAAAACUUCAAAAAAUGCCAGCCAAACAGAAUGCA